AUGGCAUCGACAUUUUCAUAUGCGCAAGCCGCAAAAGGCAUUUCCACGCCAACGAGCACGAGCAAGCCAGCAUCCGGCUCUGCUACUCCAGCCAAGGACGUAAGCAGCGUCUCUGGUCCAGACGCUACCGCCUCGCCAGCCAACUGGGCUGAAGACGUCGAGGCAGAGUCGCAUUCCGAGCAAGCCCCAGUAGCCCGUGAGGCGCGCACAGAGCAGCCCGCUUCUGUUGCCCCAAAAUCUUCACAGCCUGCAGAUGCCUCGAAUGUAUCUUCACCAGACCUCGGCGCCUCGGCCUCGUCCUCGUCCACCGUGACCAAGGAUGAUGAUGUUUCUUCAGUACCAAACACGGCUUCUGAGUCCACCACUUGGGAUAACAAGUCUCAAGCCUCUACCUCUGUGGACAAAUCGGUUGAGCCGGUUGAAAAGACAUCGGAGAAGGUCAAGAAGGGCAAGAAUGCAGUUGCCAAGGCCCUUCAUGAGGCACCCGUCCCGACCGUCAACCCAUGGAAGAUUCGAGCUGAUGAGAUGAAGUCAAAGGCGCAGAAGGCUGCUCCUUCACCUGUUCUGAACGGUGCUUCGCAAGGACCAAACGGAGUUGCUGCGAAGAAAGACUCAGCACCUCAUGACAAGGCUGUCAACGGCGAGAGCCGGAAUAAGAGCCGGAACGAAGGUGCUACAGGUCGAAAAGACUUCAAGGGCGACGCUGAGACUCGAAACGGUGCCAAGGGCAGGUUCUCUGACAAGGACACAAAAUCGACGUCGAGUGUGCUCCCCCCACCACCGCACCGUGACCAGGAGUCAUGGCCAACACCAGAUACCGCUAUUGACGAGGAGCGUAAGAAAGCUCAAGAGAAGGGCGACAAGCCAGAGAAAGAACGCAAGGACGGUACUCCUACUAGCAAGCAGGAAUGGGUGAAAAUCCCAUACACCCCCUCUGUUGUGUUCAACACACCUUUGCCUAACGCUGCGAAUGCGAGAAGAGGUGGCAGACCUGGAGGACGCGGUGCAGCGCAGACUGGUGGUAGACCUGCUGGCUUGAGCAAUGGUACCGAGCAGCUUGAGAAGGACGGCUCGGCACCAAAUGGUGAACAAACCAAGGCUGCUGCACAAGACGCUUCUGUCAAGACUAAGCGCACUGGUAAUGCGGCAUCCCCGACUUUGAAGAACCAGCUUCCAACAGCCAAUGGAGACGGCGCUGUAAAGGCGCAUGGUAACGGAGCUACAGAGUCUGAAGCAAACGCAAAGGGCUCAACGCCGUCGUCCCAAGCACCACACCAAAAUGGCGCCUACCCCCGCCAGUAUCCUAACAAGCCCCACAAGGGCAGGCGAGGCGAUUUUCAUGGCGCUGGAGAGCGCAGAAAGGACGGUACGUCGUCGCCCACUAAGGAUGGUGUCUGGGCACCUGCUGGAACGCAGGCCGAUGCUUCUGCAGAUGGUGAACGUCGUGCGCCCGCUCAACAAGACGGCCCACACGGUCAUUCGAAGCGUUUUAGUUCGUUCUCCAGCGGGCGUGAACGCGGCCGUGGAGGCCGUGGAGCUCGUGGCGGCUAUGCAAACAACCACCAUUUCACCAACGGACAUUCUUCGACGAGCUUUCCCUUGGGUCCGAGAUCACCUACGACUUUUGUGCCUGAGAGUAACGCCUUCUUCCCAGCCUCCCAGGGCAAGUACGGCCGCAACAGCCACCGGUCACAGUCACUCUCUACUGACCCCUACCGCUUCCCGUCUUACCAGAAUGGAUAUCCAGUCGCUCCCUUGCAGACAUCCCAUGACAUGUAUUCCUAUGGAAUGGUCCAGCCGAUGAGUGCUGCUUCACCGUUCAGCCCAUAUGGGUUUGAUCAGUCCUAUCUCUUCUCAUUGCUCACUACCCAAGUGGAGUAUUACUUUUCUGUCGAUAACCUGCUCAAAGACAUGUACCUACGUCGUCAUAUGGACUCCCAAGGAUUUGUUUCUCUCGAUUUCAUCGCUAAUUUCAACCGUAUCAAGCACUUGUCACCCGAUCUUGAUCUGAUCAAGGCCGUCUGCCAGCAGUCCAAGUCCAUUGAAUACCGCACUGGUGAGGAUGGUCAGGACCGCCUGCGUCGUAAAGACGGUUGGGCACAGUGGGUGCUUGACAUGGCGGAGCGUGAUCCCUCGGCGCAGAAUGAGGGCCCUAAGGAGCUCAAGCAGCCUCAAUUCACACACCCCGCAGGCUUUGACCCCUCGAGCAUUUCCCAGUGGCAAACAAUGUCACCCGGAUUUCCUAUGGCUCCUUAUGGGCCCGAUGGUGCAUACCCUCAGAUGAAUGGAUUUCACCCCGUUGCUCAAGAUGCUGGACUAGCGCCUACAGAAGCUGUAGUGAACGGUGCGCCUGUGGAAGAGGCUAAUGGUACCGCCAUUUCGACCGGUCAGCCAGUCGAGAGCUCAACAAAGGCU